AAGAUAUCUUCACUUGCUAAGAUAUCAUUUUUUGGAAGUGAGAGUCAUUAACAUUGUUAACUCUAUUAUCUUCAAGUGCAAAAUUCAUUUUAAAAAUAGCUUUUUAAAAAAUCAGACAACAGAUGUGUCUUGCGUCACUGACAAUAGUUGGAUUUCGGGGAACGUGCUGCGCAUUUCAUUUCUGGCCUAAAGUGUAUCAUUAAUAUUUCAUAUAGGACGUAGCAUUGUCAUUUCAAUGUGUUUAAUGUUAAAUAUACUCUUAAUCGACUAUUGUAUGGGUGUACAUUCACUCACACACACACACACUCACACACACACACACACACACACACACACCACCUGUCACAUCUGUCAUCUCUUUAAUUAGUUAUAUAUACAAUGACAAGGUCUCAGAGACAGAAGAAGGACACACGCUGUACCUGUCUAUAAUAAACCAACAAAAAGAUACACACACACAUCCACACACACAAACACACACACACACACACACACACACCCCUUUCCUGAAAGACUACAAUCACCCACUAUUGUCCUGAUGAGUCUAGAUGCCGGAGGAAUCAUCACCAGUAAUUGCUUUAUUGUAAGCACUGAUCUGUUUGUACAGCCCUCAGGAAAACUUCCACAUCCAGCACACACACACACACACACACACACACACCUAAUAUCUUAUGUGUGUGUUCAGUGAUGGAACAUGAGAUAAACAGCUGUAUAAGAGACAGAGGCAGGAGCAGAGAGACACACAGUCUGCUCAAGAUCUCUUUCUGUCUAACACUCUCUCUGAUAGUCACUGAUGUGUAAGGGGCUCUCGGCCCUCCCUUCAUCAUGCCUGGAGAAGGCAAAGGAGAUGAAGGUGAAGCUAACACACCUGGCUGAGAAACCACACAAACACAGAGCCCAGGAGGAAAAAACUCCUCCUGAUCUUGAGUCUCUGCUCCACAGCAAGGCGAGUCUGCAGGCGUUCCGCUGGUUCCUGCGCUCAGAGUUCAGUGAGGAGAACCUGGACUUCUGGCUUGCCUGUGAGGAAUACAAGACCAUGCCUGAGACCAAACUGUCCUCUAAAGCCCAGAGCAUCUACAUGCAGUUCAUCAACCCUGACGCCCCACAGGAGGUGAAUCUGGACAGUGAGACGCGUGAGGCGCUGAUGGACAGGAUGGACACGCCGACUGCUGAGACGUUCGCCGAAGCUCAGCAGCGCAUCUUUACCCUGAUGGCCAAAGACUCGUUCCCUCGCUUCCUGCGCUCGCCUUACUGCCAGCAAACAGUCAGAGGGGCCUGAGCUGAGACAUCACACUCUCCCCGGCGUUUCUGCCAUGUCCACGUGCUGCUUUGAAUUUAAAAAUAAGCUAGCAAUAAUAAAAGUGUGUUAAUGCAGAUGUUAGUUUACUUUAGCUACGUCUCAAAUCGUUCAUUUUUCAAUUAGAAAGUGAAUGAGGUACUACAGAUACUGAAAUUUCUGACAUCGGGUCCUAGAAGACACUUUUGUAUCCCACUAAACCACAUGGCCACAGAUUUGGUAACUUAAGAGCGGCCAUUUUGAGUUGUAAAAUAAUUUAAUUAUUUUAAUUAUUUAAUUAUUUGAGUUGUAAAAUAAUUUAAUUACUACAAAGUAUUAGUGUUCGACUCGAGAUGUUGCUACUUUACAAAAAUACUCCUAAUUCAGUCAUGUGCAGAGCGUAGGUAUUCAUGUAUUCAAUACAUGGUGUGUGAUUUGAGACGUAGCCAUGCUGUAGCAGUUAGCAUGCAUGUGUAUCACCUCUGAGUGUAGCUGUAAGCGCUGUGUGAGUCACUGCGUUAGCAUAAAAAGUCAUAAAACGUAGCGUUGAAGAGGAAUAAAUAUAUCUGUGAUAUUGA